AUGUCCGGCAAAAAGAAAGGUCAUUUUGAAAAAGUGUGCAGGUCCAAGCAGAGAAAUCGUAGGAAAAACGUUAACAGAAUGGAUGAUGAAAGCUCUCAAAGCGAAACUGAAAGUGAAAAUAGAAGCGAAAGUGAAAAUGAAAAUAGCAUAUUUGGAUUAUCAGUGAAUUCGUUGCAGUCAUCAAGACCUAAUUUGACCAUCCAAAUAAACGGUCAGUCUGUCAAGGCAUUGAUAGACACAGGGUCGUCUAUAAAUGUAAUUGAUGAAAGGACAUACAGCAAGCUAAAAAACAAAGUGACUCUGAGUAAGGUAGACACGAAAGUAUAUGCUUAUGGUGCUAAUAAAGUGGACUUAUUAGGAAAGUUCCAGGCGACAAUUGAAACCAAACACAAGAUCACAACAGCUCCAGUAUAUGUGACAAAAGGUAAAAGUGGCAACUUGUUAUCUUAUUUGACAUCUGUUGAUCUCCAGGUUAUUCCUGAAAUAAGUGUCAUAACACAGAAUAAGGUCGAUGAACUUUGCGAUAAAUAUGGAUCUGUCUUCAAGGGUAUUGGAAAAAUGAAAGACACUGAAGUAAAGUUGUAUGUUGACAAAAAUGUUCAACCUGUCACCCAGCCGCACAGACGCAUACCUUUUCACUUGAGAAAACAAGUUGAAGAUGAGCUCCAAAGGCUUGAAAAGUUAGAUGGCAGAGGAAUAUGUUAAUUUCCUGGCAUAUCAUGAUGUCCCUGUAGCCAUGAACAUGAAUGAAAUAAUUCAAGCAACAUCACAGGACGUUGACCUCCAAAUGGGCAUUAAAUAUGUCAAAUCUGGAAACUGGAAUAACCCAAGCAAAAAAAUCAUUGACACCCUGUCACGCUGCAAAUACGAGCUGUCAGUAGUAAAUCUUCAAAAUGGUGAAAUUCUGCUGCAUGAGUCCAGGAUUGUUAUCCCUAGGCAAUUACAAGAUAAAUUGAUAUCAUUAGCUCAUGAGGGUCAUCAGGGAAUUGUUAAAACCAAACAAUUAUUAAGAGAGAAAGUGUAUUUCCCAGGCAUGGAUCAAUUAGUAGAAACAAGAUGCAAAAGUUGCAUUCCGUGUCUAGCAGCAACAAAUAAAAAGACUCAAGAACCGCUGCAAAUGAGUGAAAUGCCAAAAUAUGCGUUUCAGGUAGUUAGCUUGGACUUUUGUGGACCAUUUCCGGAUGGAAAAUAUUUACUCGUGCUAAUGGAUGAAUACUCACGUUUCCCGUUUGUUGAAGUACUUAAU